UUUGUCUCUGUAAAUUUCCACUAAGAACUAUGGAGUCCCUUCAUAUAGGACCGCCUAUACAGCGAUACGUCAAUUAAAAACAUUACUCUUUGUCAAAGGCUUUUAUAUGAACACAAACAAGGGUGUUGUGCUGACGCACAAAGCAUUCUCAAAAUUCUUCUGGAGGAAGGACUCACACACACCCACUCACAGAUUUAACACUGUUCUCCAGUUUCAGUGCUGGUUCAAGCAGCAGUAGAACCUGCAGUGCACAUUCACCUGUGAAAUGAUAAUUACAGCUCUUUACCUUCAGUUCUUAUCCUGCCGCCUCAUCUCAGAAACGCCUCAAACAGGUCGACCCUGCGUGACUCCCUGCAGCCACACCUGAUUCCUCAGCAGGGUGAGACCAGGGAGACGUCACCUGUACAGACGAGGACACCAGCAUCUAUAAGACUGGAGCUUGUCCAUCCAUAAACAGUCUGACACGACAGCAGCCAUGGGUGACUUUUUUAACAAAAUGAAGACAGAUGUUUUUGCAUCGGCAGCAGGUGAUGUGGCAGGCAAUGUCUUGGGUGCCGUCACUGGAGGAGACAAGAAGGAAGGGGAGGGAGAUGGUGUGGCAGGCACCUUGGUGAACGCCAUUACUGGAGGAGGAGGAGAUGGUGUGGCAGGCACCUUGGUGAACGCCAUUACUGGAGGAGGAGGAGAUGGUGUGGUAGACAACGUGUUGGGUGCCAUCACUGGAGGAGACAAGAAGGAAGGGGAAGGGGAGGGAGGUCUGGAUGUGCCGAAACUUCUGAAGGGAUUCAUUUAACUAGAAACUCAACAGACCAGAUUCUCUUUCAGCUUCAUCAAACCCUCAGCUCUUCUCAAAGUACUGGAAAACAAUUACCUUCAUUAUUUACACUUGAUUUGUUGCACUUUAAUUUUAAAUGUUGCAUCGCAUUUUGGAGUUGCGAAAAUAAACAAAAAGCCACAAAAAAAGUGAUAAACAGAUUAAAUCUGAAUAACACACACAAACUGAUUAAUAAUCUGAUUUUUAAAAGGGUCACUAUCAAUAUUUUGUGUUAUUUUGCUAUCUUGAAUUAAAUAAGUUAAAACAUGA